UACGUAAUGGGGAAUAAAGUUAACUAAUACAUUCUGGUUUCUGCUUAAAUUGAUCUGUCAUAAGGCAGUGCAUGUGUGAGAGAAGCAAUAAAAGCCUAUGGGACUUUUCCUAGUAGUUUUUGGGAGAAAACUUUGGUGCAAUUGAAUUCAGACAUGAAGGUGUGCAUCAUUGGAGCGGGGGUCAUCGGCCUCUCCACCGCUCAGAGCAUCUACCAGCACUUUCACGGCAGGGUCACCCCUCUCAACAUAGAGGUGUAUGCUGAUAUCUUCACUCCACUCACCACCAGCGACGGGGCAGCUGGACUCUGGCAGCCGUAUCUGUAUGACAAGGGGAACGUGCAAGAAACUAAAUGGAACAAAGAGACAUUUGACUAUCUUCUAAGUUUCCUCAACUCUCCAGAAUCAGUGAAAAUGGGAAUCUUCCUCCAGUCUGGCUAUAACCUGUGCACUGAAACUGUACCAGACCCCUCAUUUAAAGAUGCUGUGUUGGGCUUUCGCCAGCUGACUAAGCGUGAACUGGAUGUGUUUCCGGGAUACAGCUAUGGAUGGUUCAACACCACUCUCAUGAUUGAAGGAAAGACAUACCUGCCAUGGCUUAUGGAUUGGUUAAAACAAAGAAAUGUCAAGUUUCAUCAGAGAAAGAUUGGUUCAUUUAAAGAGUUGGCAGAUAGUGGUGCUGAUGUUAUCAUCAACUGCUCUGGUGUCCGAUCAGGAGACCUACAGCCUGAUCCUGAGCUGCAGCCAGCCAGAGGCCAGAUCAUUAAGGUAGAUGCUCCCUGGAUAAAACACUGGAUCUCCACACAUAAUUUCUCAUCUAGAGGUAAUUCAACAUACAUCAUACCUGGGAGUCGUUUAGUCUCUGUGGGUGGAGUUUUCCAAGUAGGAAACUGGAAUCUGCAGAACAGUUCUGUUGACCAUAAAAGAAUCUGGGAAGAUGCCUGCAAGCUUGAGCCCAGUCUACAGCAUGCACGGAUAGUAGGGGACUGGACUGGUCUCAGGCCCGCACGCAGCAAAGUUAGACUGGAGAGAGAGACCAUACGAUCUGGACCACACAUGCUUGAGGUCAUCCAUAACUAUGGACAUGGAGGUUUUGGACUGACCAUCCAUCGUGGAUGUGCUGAGGAAGCUGCUCGACUCUUCGGACAGAUCCUGGAGCAGAAAAGCUUGCUAGCACUCUCUAAAUCACGUCUUUAAUAGAUCUGGGCUUCUGGACAGUAUUAUCCAUAAUCUCAUCAGACAUCAGAAAUAAUCUCAUAACCACUGUCAUGCUGAUUCCAAAAGAUAAUGGAUUCCAUGAGUUUAUAAAUCCUAAACUACUGUGAUGUAAAUGUUCAUAUAUUAAUUUUUUAUACUCUUUGAUAGAAUUUUAAAAUAAAAGAUCAUAACGGAUCUGAAUUGUCAACACUAUUCUGCUAAUAAAGAAUCAGAUGCCAUCA